AUGAAGCAACAAGCUAAGACGAAAACUGAUCGUUUACAAAUUAUCGAAUUGACGACAGCAUCCAAGAAAUGCAGAGGAGCACGCGGUCUGGAUGAGAAGGAAAACAUCUGCACAAUUUCAAAGAAGGGACAGGGCGCCUGUGUGGGGGAUUCGGGUGGACCACUCGUGGCGAAGGAAACCAAGAAGCUAAUCGGCGUAGUGUCUUGGGGUGUUCCCUGCGCUUAUGGGAGCCCCGAUGUCUACACAAAUGUCUAUGCCUACAGGGAUUGGAUAGAGAAGCACGUGAAGUGA